GAUUUUGAUGAUGAAUUGGAACAAGCUCUGAACAAACCAGCAGUCAACAGGCAAGUUCAAGAAACAGUGAUACGGCGUAAUGAGCCUGCUCAAAGAACACUGAUGGGCGCUAGAGUUGAAAAUGAACCAGCACAAUAUGAAGAGAUACGAAGAGAAAUCACAUAUGGCCCUACACACCACAAGACAAACGCUUUGGAUAUGAAUACUUUCAUAUAUCCUUCCAAUCUGGAUAUGAGAGAUUAUCAAUAUGACAUUAUUGUGAAAUCAUUCUACAAAAAUCUAUUAUGUGCUAUUCCUACAGGUAUGGGUAAAACUUUCAUUGCAAGUACAGUCAUGCUUAAUUAUUACAGAUGGUUUAAAGAAGGAAAAAUCAUAUUUAUGGCACCAACAAGACCAUUGGUUGCACAACAAAUCCAAGCAUGUUUGGGAGUUACAGAUAUACCGAGUAGUGAUACAGCUAUUUUGUUGGAUAAAACUAGAAAAAAUAGACAAGUGAUUUGGAAUGACAAAAGAGUUUUCUUCACAACACCUCAAGUGGUUGAAAAUGAUUUGAAAGCUGGUACAUUGAAUCCGAAGGAAAUUGUUUGUCUUGUUAUUGAUGAAGCACAUAGAGCUAGAGGUAAUUAUGCAUACACCAAUGUCGUCAAAUUUAUAGAUAGAUUCAACACAUCAUACAGAGUACUAGCUCUUACUGCUACGCCAGCUGCUGAUAUAGAAGGUGUUCAAGAAGUUGUUGAUAAUCUACACAUUUCUCAAAUUGAAAUAAGGACGGAAGAAAGUAUUGAUAUUGUUAAAUAUAUGAAGAGGAAAGAAACUGUUAGAAUAAAGGUUGGUCUCAAUAGUGAAAUGGAGGAUAUCAUUGAACUUUUGAGUGAUGCUAUCAAUCCUGUACUGAAACAAGCAAAUGAAGCCAAUAUCUAUGAUGUUACCGAUCCUAGUAAGAUCAAUGCUUUCCUGGUGAUGCAAAAAUCACAAGCAGUCAUCAAGAACCCUACCUUACACGAAGGUAUCAAAUGGAAAUACUACUUUAUCCUACAAGUUAUCGGCUAUGUUGGACAAAUGUUGAGAAGGCUAAAAAUUUAUGGUGUUAGAACUUUUUACUCUUAUUAUCAAAAUAAGUGCAAAGAGUUUAGAACCAAGUAUUCAAUGGGCAAAUCAACAAACAAAACUUCUGCUGGAUUUUUCUAUCAUGAUGCUCUGAAAAAGAUAGAAGUCAUUUGUGAUAAGGUGUUGGCUGACCCAAGUUAUGUUAGUCAUCCAAAGCUUGAACAUAUGAUUGAUGAAUUGAUGACAUUUUUUCAACACAAAAAAAAUUCAAGAGUUAUUAUUUUUACAGAAUUGAGAGAAUCAGCCUUAGAAAUAGUCAAGUGUAUUGAUUCAGUUGCUGGUGAGGAAUGCAAAGCUCAUAUUUUCAUCGGUCAGGCAAAGGGUAAAGAAGGUUUUGAUGAAGAAGAGUUUACACGAAAGCAUGCUCCUAAAGGAAGGGGAAAACAAAAGAAACUCGAAAGAAAAGAAAGGGAAAGAGAGGCAUUGGAGAAGAAAGAACAAAAGAAGCAACUUGAAGCCCAACAAAGGGCAGCUAGUAGAACCGGAACCUCUGAAGAAGCUCAGUUACAAGGUAUGAACCAAAAGACACAAAAGGAUCUUAUCAAAAAAUUCAAGAAAGGUGAGUUCAACAUUUUAGUUGCUACGUCUAUUGGUGAAGAAGGUUUGGAUAUUGGUGAGGUUGAUCUUAUAAUUUGUUAUGAUUCAACCAGUAGUCCAAUUAAAAAUAUUCAAAGAAUGGGUAGAACAGGUAGAAAGAAUGAUGGUAAAGUUAUUUUGUUACUUGCUUCUAACGAAGAAACUAAAUUUGACCAAGCUAUGGAGGGUUAUGCUUUUGUUCAAAAGCAAAUUGCUCAAGAUUAUUUAGAUAUGCAUAAAUCUGAUAGAAUAGUACCAAAAGAGAUUCAACCCAAGUGUGUUAAACAAUUCAUUGACAUCCCGGAGGAAAAUUUAGCUAUUGCAAAAGGUGAAGAUGAAGAACAAGUUAUCAAAUAUGCUACACAAGCAAUGCUUGGUAAGACACCUAAGUCUAAAAAGACAGCUACAAAGAAGACAACGAAACAAGGUAAAAUUCUUGGUUUUUUUAUGCCUGAUAAUGUUGAGGUCGGGUUUGUAAAGUCAUCCAAACUAGUUAAAAAA